UAAUGACUAGACAGUGACUAGAUUUUUCCGGUAUGUGGAUUAGGGUCAGAGCGGUGGCACGCACUUUCAAAGAUUAGAACGGAGGCUUCCAAAUGUGUUUUGCCUUAUUUCUGGUUUAGUGGAUGACGUUAGGAUAUAUGCAGACAAGGUAUGCCUCGCGAGAAGUUUACUUUAGGUCAUGAAAUGAAUGCAGGGGCCCCCUGCCUACAGUGUGGCCCUGUCAAAUGUGAAGGGGGAUUGGACCUGCAUUUCUGGAGAAAAAUCUGCAAGACGUGCAAAUGUAAACCCGAGGAACAUGAUAUCAAGACUGUGGAGGAGGCUGCACACAAACUGGUUGUACACAGCUUAUUUUCUAAAGACUCCCCCCAGGGACACAUCCGAGACUACUUCCGUAAACUGGAGGAAGCCAACAAGAAUAAGGGGCAGCAGUCAGAGUAUGCUAAACAGUAUGCAUGGGUUCCACCGGGUCUGCAGCAGGGUGUGUUGAUGAAGUACAUGGAGUCACUACCUCCAGAGGUUAAGCCCAAAGUUGGUAGUGAAGGUGCCAAGUAUCGCCGCAAACAGAUGAUGUACCAGCUUCCUAUUCAUGACCAUGAUCCAGAAUAUUGUGAUAAUCUAACUGAACCAGAGAAAGCCAGCAUGAGGCAGUUCUGUGAGGAUAGAAACCAGAAUGCUCUUGGGGUUGGUGAUGUGCGUGAAAAAACCAACCCUGUCUCCAAGUGGACAUGUUACAGAUGUGGUGGCAAUAUCAAUCUGGGGGAAAUCGCUAUCUUUGCAUCACGUGCCGGAGAGAACAAAUGUUGGCAUCCAGGAUGCUUUGUGUGUGCAAUCUGCAACAAUCUAUUGGUGGAUUUGAUUUAUUUUUUCAAGGAAGGAGCCAUCUACUGUGGAAGGCACUAUGCCGAGCUGUACAAGCCUCGCUGUGCUGCCUGUGAUGAAUUGAUAUUUAGCCGUGAGUACACCCAAGCAGAGGACCGCAAUUGGCACCGGAAGCACUUUUGUUGUUACGAGUGUGACAGGGAUCUGGGAGGUCUCUUGUAUGUGGCACGUGAUGGUCAUCCACACUGCAUGGAGUGCUACAACCGACUGUACGCGAGGAGGUGUUUUGAAUGCCGGGAAAUUAUCAACGCUGAUGCACAGAGGAUCGAAUACGAGGGGGAGUUUUGGCACGCGACAGAUGUGUGCUUUAAGUGUGGCAUGUGCAAGAGAUCGCUGAUUGGAAAGCAGUUCCUUCGCCAUCCUAGAAAGAAUCAGAUCUUUUGCUCCACGGAUUGUGCCAAAAGGUACUGAGCUGGGAAUAUAGAUUUACAAUGACCAAAGUAGCGACUAGAAGCUCUACUUUAAACGAACACAUUUUUCAGCCUGUAAGGGUGGUGAUUUUUGCGCAUGCUUUGAUGCUGAGUACGGCGUAGCAGCUGCUUGAAGUUGAAGUAGUGACGUAAGCUCUGUUACUCGUAUUCGUCGCUGUGCCGCUUGAUUUUCAUCGAGCGCUCAUUGAAAACCGCCCUCUACUCACGCCUCUAUAUUUUAAUUUAAGAAAGAAGUUGUUAGAUUUUAGUUGGAUCGUUAUGUAUCGCGAGACGAAGGGGUUCAGAAGUUGAAAGGAAAAAAUUGCCGUUAUUUUGCAGCCAAAGUUUGAAAAGAGUUCCUGGGAGGGUUGAAAGCUUUUUAAUUAUUAUAAGUGAUGAUUUUAAGGGCUGACACGAUUUCUGUUUUGUCAUGUUAAAUUAUCAGAACACCCUUCAAAUUUGCCAUUUUGACUGAACCCCAUUAAGAAACUUUCAAUUUCCUUAUGAAAUGUCCAGGAAAAUACCAUAUUUGCUAAGUUAUUAACCAUUUCUGCUUCGUUUCCUCCAAUGUCGGGUUUCUUACCAUUUGAAUGCCAAAAGAAGUAAAUUUCUCGUUGUGCGCGAUUAAAUUCAGGCGUUAGGUGGGCUUGCCCAAUGGCCAGUAAUUACAAUUAGAUGACUUCUGAAUGAGGCACGAUAGAAUCUUUGGAAAGUAGCACAGUGAUUUGAUUUUCGCUUUACUUCAGGUAGAACAAAGCAUCAAACGUUUUUUUUCUGCUAACCCGAGCAAUGUUCCUAGGUUUCUUCCAAUUCAUCAGUAUUUUAAGUAACUGACGCCUCUGUACGGUCUCCUAAUUGUAUUGUGGCUGUCAUAUUACAUUAUCAGUUAUUACAAUUAUGAAACUUUUCUGAUCGUUGUCGAAUUCACUUGCACUGGAGUUCUGUUCAAAACCCAAAUAAACAUGGGAAAUUAAUCAUACCUUUCAUUAA